AUGUCGUUGGUAACCCUCUCCGUGGACUCAGAUGAAAAAGAUGUUAAAGAAAACAAAGACCAAGAGGAUUUUACUCCAAUUCAAAUACACCUGCGACCUUUCCUAGUUUUGUUGCAGUGUUUUGCGUUACAUUAUCCAGAAAAUGGCCAAAGUUUGUCACAUAUGAAAAAGAUAAAAGCAGUUCACCCAAUGAAUUCACCAAAACUCGAAUCAAAGUGUAGCGGCCAGUUUGUGUACUGUCUGGUGAUUUUGAUCAUUAUGAGCUUGAACGUUUUUCGCUACAUUCCAUCAUUUUGGGUUGGAUUUGACUUCAUUCCAAACCUUACAACCCCCAGAGUAAUCAACAUUGUCUGGUUUGGUCAAUGCUUCUUCAAUUCUGUCUUCAUGUUCAAAGCUUGUACUAGAUUUGAUAUCGUAAUCUCUCGUCUGGAGAAGCUCUUAAAUGAGGAUGGCCAAAAAGCUAUUUUUAAAAUCAACGAAAUACGAUUGAAACAUUUGCAGAUCACUAAAGCUGUAGAAAUACUGGACCGCGAUAUCAGGUUAUUUUUUACAGGUGUUUAUUUAACAGGGAUACUGAUAUGCUGCUUUAUCGUGUACAAUUUGAUUAACAGAAAAAUUUCAGGAACUUUUGAACUGGUCAUUUAUUUAUAUUGGCUAAUUAUGAACAAAAUUAUUAUCAUUUCAUCUUCAGUUUUGGCAGCUCAAGUCAAUGAAGCGGUGAACUUUUUUGUCUAUAAAUUAAACGGCCCAGCUGUAGGCUUUACCAUGAUGUCUAUGGUUACCGUCACAAAAGAACUUCUUUUAAUGUUAGCUGGACUUUAUAUUUCCUAUCUAUUUCUUCUGAUGCAAUUUCAACUUUGA